AUGACAUCCGGGAUUGAGUUGGAAGUAAUUGCGUAUGCCCCUUCUGGUGUCGACCCUCAGCGCCACCUCUCGAAUGCUCUACGUCAGCCUAUCCUUCUGCCUUGCUCCAAGUGCAAUCAAAUCCACUGCUGGAAGCUACCCUUCCUUGGCCUUCUCGACCCCAAAGACUUCCCUCAAGGCUAUUCCUACGCAAGUUGGAAGAUGAUCAAAGAUGGAAGCGUUAGGCCUGACAACGAUGAGCUUGUUCACGUCCCCACAGGUUCUACUUUCUUCAACAUGGAGAUUGUAUCCAGAGUCAUGAACUUCACCAAGCCUACACCCUGUCCUCUUGAUCAAGUAUACCCAUGCACUGGUGAGCCCUUUGCCUGGGAUGCUAAGACUGAGAUUUUUACUGUCAUCCAAAGAGUCAAUGAAGCAUUCUCGGACCCUGGAUAUUGUCUGGCCAUCAACAAGAAUACUGGUUACCACGUUCACUUUGGAAAUGGUAAAAAUCAGCCUCCUGUCAAAACUUCUCUUGGAAUGUUUGGUGUUUUUACCGCUCUUGAAAGACAAUUUGACCAGAUCUUGACCUGCUCGAGAAUCCCAAUUCUUCGCUAUAGAGGUCACCCCGAUCCUGGUGUCCAGCAGAGGCCAAACGCCGUGUACAAGUACGAACAAAAGGCCAAACAGAGCCGGUUUGUUGGUUCUGGAUCCAGAUUCUUCCUUGAGAAUCUUCGCCUGCAAGUCGAUGUAUCUUCUGGAAGAUCCAGGCCCGAAGAUCGUAGAGCCGUCAUUUCAGCCCUGCAAGAUGCCAAUGUUCCAGCCUGGCUUGAAAGGCUCUCGGGAUUUAAUAAAGUCAAAGAUUUCCUGGACCUUUACGCCAAUUCCGUCAAUCUUGAAAAUCUUCGCUCAUCCAGUGGCAAGAAAACUGUUGAAGUUAGACUCAGUCCGGGCUCUAUGGAUCCUUCUGAUGUCUACGCCUGGUUCGACUUCAUGGGUAAGCUGAUGCUAUGGCUAUCGACCCCUGACAUUGCCCACAACUCUAUCAUUCUCGAUAUUUGGGCUGAUCCGAAGACUACCGUUCUCGACUUGAUCAAGCAGAUUGGCGCUUCGCAGUUUACCGUUGACUACUACACCGACCGCCUAACUCCUGACUGGGCCGUUCGUCGUCAUUCCCGCUUGACUUCCAAUAUUGAUGACAAUGAUCCAUUCAAGGCUUUCAAAUUCGCCAUCGAGAACAAUCGCUUCAAGGAUGCUGACCGUGAAGCCGUCGACGCCAAGAUCUCGCAGAAACUUGAAGGCGGGUACUAUGGACAACUCCCUGACACUGUAUUCAAAACUCUGCCUGCCGAAAUCCAAAAUCACCCAGACAGCCACACUCUCAACAUGGACGCUUGCGACUACGAGAAAUGGGCCGACAAGGCUAUUGCUGUAGCUAAAACCAUCGACUUCUAUGCCCCGUUGUCACCUAGCGACUCUGACAGCGAGUGCGACUGCAAGUUGUGCCAACUGGAGAACUGCGGUUGCAAAAAAUGCCUCAAAACGCUUCGCAGGUUGUGCUGUGACUGUGACUGCAAGUGUUGCGCAAACACAGCCUUCCAAGUCACCUUUCUGACUCGUCUGAGUUCCCUUCCCACAAGACUGAUGACUCGAAAAGGACUUUUGCGACUCCUGCUCCUUCUAAAAGUCCCCUUGACACUCGCCCUGAUACGCCUGCUUCUUCUUCUGAUGAUGAUAUUGACUUGUCGUACUAUGGUUUGUAGUGCUGGUCAUAAUAGGUGA